CCCAUUCCCUCUCAGCGCGUCUCUCCUUUAAGGUUACCGUGCGUAAUAAGAGCUUCCCUCCCCAGCAGGCUACUGUGCAACAAGUUUGCAGGAGCUCCACUCAUCUAUCCUACCCUGUCACCAGAAAGUACGUGAACGCAUCGUCGCAGUGUCUCUCUCUCCCUGUGUCAGACGCGCGCACCCAUUCAGAGCAGCAGCGUGCCAUCCCUUUCGUGACUCCGCACCAGAUGCGCUUUAUCGCGCAGUUGAAUUCUGUGGAUCGAGGAAAGAAGAGGAGCAUUUAGUUCGUGGAGAUAAAUUUUUAUUAAGAGGGAGAAGGAAAAAAUGGAGAAAGAGGUGAAGCGACAGUAUCGCUCCGCAGCUCUGCACAUCAUCUCGUCUUUAUGUUCAGUGGCAUCCAUCGCUUUCUGCGUCCAUCUGAGCAUCAGCGCGGCGGACGUCAGGAGUCGAGUUGUUGGUUUGGAGAGCGGGGCUGCGGAGCGCACCUUCAUCCAGGUCCGCGGAUACUCCAUGGAGGAUUUCAAUUCUCUGGUGCAGCAGAGAGUGGAUGAGCUGCUCUCUCAGCGCUCUUAUGAGAAUUUCGUCAAGAUAAGGACUGCAAGACAAGCCACAGCUGACUGCAAUUGCCCCCCAGGACCUCCUGGUAAGAGAGGAAGAAGAGGUCGUGAUGGAGAACCUGGACCUCCUGGUCCUCCAGGUCCACAGGGUGAAAAGGGAGAUCAAGGUGACCAGGGACCACGGAUGGUCUUCCCAAAGAUCAAUCAUGGCUUUCUUUCCGCUGACCAGCAGCUCAUAAAGCGUCGGCUCAUUAAGGGAGAUCAAGGCCAGGCAGGACCACCCGGCCCUCCUGGCCCACCUGGCCCUCCUGGACCUAGAGGUCCUCCAGGAGACACUGGAAAGGAUGGACCCAGAGGUUUGCCAGGUCUACCAGGUGAUCCAGGCCAUCCGGGAGAAACAGGACUCAUGGGACUUGAGGGGCCUCAAGGGCCAAAGGGUUCUCUUGGACCUCCUGGUAUCCCAGGAAUUAAUGGACUGAAGGGAGAUGUUGGCAUCCCAGGACGGGACGGAAUCCCAGGCGCCAAGGGUGAAAAGGGAGAUCAGGGUGAAAAGGGGGAUAUGGGUGAAGACGGACCGAAAGGUGACAUGGGCGAGAAGGGUGAUGCAGGCUCCUCUGCAGCAGGCAUCAAGGGGGAACCGGGAGAACCUGGACGGAGCGGACAGAAGGGAGAGCCAGGACUUCCAGGGCUGCCUGGACUACCAGGGAUAAAGGGUGAGCCAGGAUUUCUCGGCCCCCAGGGCGAACCGGGACUUCCAGGACUCCCAGGAACUAAAGGUGAGAAAGGUGACCAUGGACCAGCAGGAAAAGGUGAACGUGGAGAAAUCGGACCUGCUGGGCCAAAGGGUUCACAAGGGGAGUCUGGAAUGCCUGGACCUAAAGGGUCAAAGGGGGACGCUGGAGAUAAAGGGGAUUUGGGAUCUAGCGGUCCAAGGGGCCCUCCAGGGCAAAAAGGAGACAGAGGAGCCACUGAAAUCAUCGACUACAAUGGAAACAUUGAAGAGGCCCUGCAGAGGAUUACCACUAUUACAGUCACGGGUCCCCCUGGGCCACCUGGACCUAUGGGACCACAAGGCUUGAAGGGAGAUCGCGGUUUGCCUGGUCUUCCUGGAUUUGAUGGGGAAAGAGGGUAUAAAGGCUCCAAAGGAGAUAUGGGAAUGCCAGGGGCGUCAGGAGAGAAAGGAAGCACCGGUUUACCUGGCUUACCAGGAGUUAAUGGAGCCAAAGGAGAUAAAGGAGAUCCAGGACUUCCCGGUCCACAAGGUCCAUCUAUAACUGGACCUCCAGGGCCACCAGGACCCCACGGGCCCCCAGGACCUAUGGGACCCCACGGCUUCCCUGGCCCUAAGGGCGAACCCGGUUUGCAUGGACUGAAGGGCAUGAGAGGAGAAACAGGACACAAAGGAGACCGUGGACCACUGGGUCUCCCUGGAGCCUCCGGCUUGGACGGCAAGCCUGGAAUUAGGGGCACAGACGGGCCCCCGGGUCCAGCUGGUCCGGCCGGACCAAAGGGGGACAUUGGUGAGAAAGGUGCACCAGGUGAGCCAGGACCACGAGGGCCCUAUGGACUACCAGGAGCAGCUGGAACACCAGGUUUGGAUGGGUUACCUGGAUUAAAAGGAGAUAAAGGCGACGAUGGGGAGAGAGGAGAAAAGGGGGAGAAGGGAAAGAAGGGCAAAAAAGGGCCUAAGGGCGAGAAAGGAGAACAGGGUGCCCCAGGAUUAGAUGCACCCUGCCCAUUGGGUCCAGAUGGAUUACCCAUGCCUGGCUGCUGGCAGAAGUGAUCACUCUAACCUGAAACGCAUGGAGUUUGUAAAUAAUGCUUCUUUUAUGGUAUUUAUAGUUUUUUAAUGGAAAAAGAGUCAAAAAGAAAAGAAGUCUAUGUGUGCAACAAUACAAAAAAAAAAGAGAGAGAGAUAACCAUCUGUAAGCUGCUUCUACUCACAUGGCUGUGUGGAAACAAAAACACACGUGUGUUUCGCUGUCUCACGUCUGCUUCGUGAUGGAGUUCAGAUCCUCAGCUGCCGGCAGAACUCACGUCUUUAGGGGUUUUUUGUGUUUUUUUGCAUGACUCAGACUGGCACUGGCUGUCCCGCCAGAUCCUAACGGUUGGAAGGAGUGAGACGAGAACAAGUGGAGGAAAUGGGAUCUGGACUGGCUUCUUAACACAAAACGCUAUGUGUCGUGUGCUGUUUUGUCUCCAUGAGCUCACCAACUAUUCAUGCAGCACCGUUUGCUCAAAGACUAAAAAAUAUAUAAAAAGGGAGAAAAAAAAAGACUGCACUGAGCUGACUGAACAUUGCUUCCCCACACAUCCCUUAAAAAAAAGCAUGAGUAGUGUUCUAUAUUUAAAUGUAAUGUACAUAAAUGUCAGUUAUUUGAUUGCUUUGAAAUUUAUGUAUGGAAAAAAAAACUAAUCAGAAGGCCCAAAGCUCUGAAAUUUAAACUGUUUUUUUCCUUUAAUCUUCUUAAGGGAGUCACACCAUGGCUUGUUGCCUGAGUACCCUCCUCCCCCCUCAUAUAAAAGGUGUCAGUAAUUGUUGCUUUAUUGUGGUGAGGCCUGUAGAGCGAACAGUCUCUGCAGGCUUUUGCCGUUGCACUCACGGGGCUCGGCAUCGUUAGUGCGGCGCCUCCUCAGGGGUCGCGCAUCUCUGGACAAGAUCAGAGAGCUUGACAAGGGUCUCUGCACUCGAAGGAAAACCAAUCAGUCUCAUACAGUUUGGACUGGAGCCUGGAUAGCACGAUUGGGGAGCACAGGAAUGGAAAUGGAUACUGCAGGAGAGUCACUCAUCAUUCUCCCUCUGAGAUCUAUUGGGAACCUUGAUACGGUGCAGUUUUGAUGUUUUUCUUUAUUCAUUUUUUUCUUAUUUUACUCUUUUUUUUUCUUUUUUUUUUACACAUUGUUUGUAUUUUCUGUACACUAUAAUUGCCUUUGGUGCCUCGAGCUUUGAUUCAUUCCUUUAUCAAGAGAAUUUAUACCUUAUUUUAAACCAUUUGAAUGGUGUUUAGAGGGUGUUUAAUUUGGGAAAGACUUUGCGCACUGUUUUUGUUUUGAUUUGUUUUGUCUUCACCAAGAAAAACGCCACCGCAUUUAAAAGCAAGAUGGCAUCCAUUUAUUCACUAAAGCUGCACAGUGCUUGUAUAAAAGAUUACAGCAGAGGAUGGAAAUAAGUCUCACUUUUCUAGAGUUUGGGUUUUACUUGUGAGGCUUAAUAACCCAAACAGUAAUUCAGUUGAAAGGUCAUCCAGGGUACAUCUUUUGUCCCGUAAUUCAAACUCUAAAGGAAGAUAAGUUACUCUUGCUUUUGAACAGGAGCUUGUGGAUAUGCUGAACUUGUAAGGGAUUAUGUGUACAGUAAAGCUGAGUUUGCUGCAUGAACACCAUUUAGGAAAUGUAGGUUUAAAAUAAACUUAUGUUUUUAAUAUCAAAAAGCUGUUUAAAUCAGCUUUAACUAAUCCCACUGUGUAUUGGGCCUAAAAUUAGAAAAAAAAACUUUAAUGUAAACAUAACAGUCAUAGAUCCAAGCUUCUUUCUUCCUACAUCUUGUGUAUUGUCUUAAGUAUCCAGUGAAAACAUCUGUUCACUUACAGGAUAUUAACAAUCCUCCACCAACAUCAGUCUGGCCAGUUGUAUCACAUUCCUAAUAAACAUGGAGCAAAAAUAGCCGGAAGUUUAGAUUUAGAUUUAUUUUUUUACACAAGUCCGUUAAGCUUUUCAAAGUUCAAACAGUAGAAUUGGUUAUUAUGUCAUCAUGGGUGCUAUGCAAGGUUAUACUGUUUUUUUUUUCUACAAAAUGUACUGCAAAAGUGUCAAAAGCCCUUGGCCUAUAUCACAUUUUGAGAUGUUACAACCAAAGCCCUCGAUAGAUUUUCUUCAAAUUUGCUGUGUUUGUCGAGCACAAAGUAGCUUAUAAUCAUGAAGUUGAAGGUAAAUGGGUUUUUUUUAUCAUGUGUUUUGCAUCCUAGAUUGGAACCCUGUCUU